GACAAAGCAUAAACAUUAAAAUUUGUGUGAGGUUAUAAAACAGUUGGUCGGCAAAUUUUAUUGCAGUGUUUUUCAUUUUGAUUUAUAACAAAAAAAAAAGUAAAUUAUUUUUUAAAAUGUUCCGAAAUCAAUACGAUAGUGAUGUAACUGUAUGGAGUCCUCAAGGACGUCUUCAUCAAGUUGAAUAUGCCAUGGAAGCGGUAAAAUUAGGAUCCGCAACUGUUGGUUUAAAAAACAAAACUCAUGCUGUUUUAAUUGCUUUAAAACGAGCAUCUUCAGAACUCUCCGCUCAUCAAAAGAAAAUCAUUCCAAUUGAUGUACACAUGGGCAUAACAAUAUCCGGUCUUACAGCAGAUGCAAGAAUUCUAUCAAGAUACAUGCGAUCCGAAUGUCUGAACUACAAGUACGCUCAUGAUUCUUUGUUACCGAUUGGUCGAUUAAUUACAAUUUUGGGUAAUAAAAUGCAAGUGUGUACGCAACGAUACGAUCGACGUCCAUAUGGUGUAGGUCUUUUGGUUGCUGGCUACGAUGAACGGGGCCCACACAUCUAUCAAACUUGUCCAUCCGCCAAUUAUUUCGAUUGUAAAGCUAUGGCUGUGGGUGCGCGAUCACAAAGUGCCCGAACAUAUUUAGAGAAACAUUUAGAUGAAUUUAAAGAUUGUGAAACGGAGGAAUUAAUCAAACAUGGUUUACGAGCGUUACGUGACACGUUACCGAAUGAAGUUGAACUUACAACGAAGAAUGUUUCAAUCGGUGUUGUUGGGAAAAGUACGGUCUUUAAGAUAUUGGAUGAAGAAGCAACUGGUACUUAUCUUCAAUCGAUUGAAGGCGAAGAAAAACGUCAUUCUGGUGGUGAUGAGGCAGCUCCAGCAGCGGAAUCUGUUGAUCCACCAGCUGGUGCUGAUGCGGGGGAUCCAACCCCAGCAGUAGCUAUGGAUACAGAAUAAUUGUUGUAUCUUUUAUAAAAGCUUACACUUUUGUGGAAGCUACUGCUGAACCUACAAAUAAAUUUUUACUGUGGCUACAAUUCGUUUCAAUUUAUUUAAAAAUAUUUUAACGCCAUGUUAAUAAAUUUUUGAUACUUUUGUAACGUUUUGUAGCCACAGUGGAUAAAAAAAAUAUGGAAAAUUUUUUAUUAUAAUUCAUUUUUUCUUAAUUUUAUUUUGUAAUCUUUACUUCUUUGUCAACAAAAAUGUUUACAACUUAACAAUAAAAGCUUCAUAUUCAACAAA